UCUCUUUCCCGUUGGCUUCUAAUUUACAGCAGAAAGAGAGAAAGAAACGAACAACUCUACAAACACAAAGAGAGAAGAUCUCUUUCCCGUUGUCUACAUAUAUAUUUAGUGUGUGUAGAGAGAGAGAGAGAGAAGGGACACGGACAUGCAAAGCCCAAGUGCUGAUCAAUGUCCAUCACCAACUCCUACUUUUGACCCACUCCAUUCCCAUGAACUCACCGCUCUUUCUUUAUUAUUAUACCACCUCUCUUGAAUUCAAUCACUCCUUCGCAUGGCGGAGAUAGAGCUCCACACCGUGCUGCAAUUCUUCAGGAAAAAUGGACUGUCGGAGUGCGAAUCGGCACUCAUGGAAGACAUCAUGGACAAAAAAUCUCAAGUGGGCUCUUCCGCUUUCGAGACGUUAUGCUUCCCGCCGCUGAGAAUUCCGGCCACCCGGAGGCCGCCGCCGCACUUCGCUGAUGGUGCCGUUGUGAGCCCUAAUGGCUCUUCUGAUGAUGAGUUUGUCAGUUUGGGCUCUUCCACUACUGAGUUUCCUUCUUCUGAUUUUACGAAUCCAUAUGGCAUUCAUAAUACCACACGGCCGGCUUCUCAAGCUUCAUCCGAUAGAUUGUCUCAAUUUGGAACUGCUCGAGAUUACCCUGAUUUUGAUAUGCAGGAUGACCUGUUCUGGUACAAGGAGGACGAUGAAGAUUAUGUUAUGCCGCCACACUUUGAUGGCAGAGAUUUUGAUGGUGACCCCAGUGAAGACAAGUUUGUAAUGAGUGUGCAAACAGAGGAGCCCGUUGAGGAUGAAACCAAGUAUAAUGUAAUUUCUGAAGGAAGAAAACGAUGGGCAUUAGCUCUGGAGGAGAGCUUGAAGUGUGAGCAUGAUAAUGACUGUGAUGAAGAGAACUUUCAACUUGAAAAAAGUUACAAAAAGUGUGAAGAACAUUUCAAUGAUUAUAGCUGUUCGGCUCCUCUCUGCGCUUGCUGCAAUGGUAUUGGGACAGUUUACACGGGUGAGUUGAAGAUAGAGGAUGUGUUUGAGUUGGAGGCUCGAGGGGAACACCACCCCACAAGUGAGACUACUUUCUCCAAGGAAGGGAGUCCUACAAAGAUCAGGCCGAUUGAACACAACGACUACGGCUUCAUUGAUGAUGAAAUAAUUGCUGGAGAAUCCCAUGAAGCUGAAGCUGUGCUAGAUGAAGAGGCUGGUGUAAUCUCUGAUGAGCUCCUGACGUAUGACAAAGAAGAUGAUUAUGAGAUAUUCAACCUAAGGGUUGUACACAGAAAGAACAGGACCGGGUUUGAAGAGAAUAAGGAGUUUCCCAUUGUUCUGAACAGUGUCAUUGCGGGCCGAUAUUAUGUAACAGAAAUUCUAGGAUCUGCUGCUUUCAGCAGAGUCGUCCAGGCUCACGAUCUUUAUUCAGGUAUAGAUGUUUGCUUGAAGAUCAUAAAGAAUGACAAGGACUUCUUUGAUCAAAGCUUAGAUGAGAUCAAACUUCUCAAGUUUGUCAACAAAAACGAUCCUGCUGACGAGCACCAUAUUUUACGUCUUUAUGACUACUUCUAUCAUCAGGAGCAUCUAUUUAUUGUUACCGAACUCCUGCGAGCAAACUUGUACGAAUUCCAGAAAUACAACAGGGAAUCUGGAGCAGAAGCAUAUUUUACAAUGCACAGGCUGCAGGUAAUAAUUCGCCAGUGUUUGGAGGCAUUAGUGUAUCUGCAUGAUUUAGGGAUUGUUCACUGUGAUCUAAAGCCCGAAAACAUUCUGAUCAAAAGCUACCGAAGAUGUGAGAUUAAGGUUAUCGACCUUGGCAGCAGUUGCUUUCAGACAGACAGUCCUUUGUCCCUGUAUGUACAAUCGCGUUCAUACAGGGCACCCGAGGUCAUGUUAGGCCUUCCUUACGACCAGAAGAUUGACUUGUGGUCGGUCGGGUGCAUCUUGGCUGAGUUGUAUUCUGGGGAGGUGCUUUUUCCAAACGAAGCAGUCGCGUUGCUUCUUGCGCGCAUGAUUGCAAUGCUUGGUCCCAUUGAGGCAGAAAUGUUGCGGGAUGGCCAGGAGACGCACAAGUAUUUCACAAAAGAAUACGAUCUGUAUCACAUAGACGAGGAGACGAAUGAGGUGGAGUACAUAAUCCCGGAGACGGAGGAGACGUUGUUGGAGGAGCAUCUGCAGAUAGCGGGGGAGGAGGAGCCGGUUUUCGUUGAUUUUUUGAAGUGCUUGCUGGAGAUGAAUCCGGCGAGGCGGCCUAGCGCUAGAGAGGCGCUCAAGCAUCCUUGGCUUUCACAUUUGUGAGAUUUUUUGUAGGAUUCAAAUGUAUAUAAUAUAACAUCCUUAUAUGUGAAUGAAUCAAUCGGCUUCGUAUAUCCAUUGUUGUUGUGAUUAUUAUUCUUCACUGUAAGUUUCUGAGGAUUGAGUCUUAGAUUUCAAGUCUUCUCUAUAUGACACCAGACUUGACUAAACUUGUAUGCACUAAUUUGUUUUUUUGUUUU